UGGUGGCCUUAGCCUUAUAUAAAGGGAGGAUAAGCUGGUGAGCUUUUCCUGCUAAAUGUAGAAGAAAGAGUAAAAGAGACUCUCAUUGUGCAGAGGACUAAUGGAGGAACAACUGAGCCCUUUGGCUGUGACACAUCUCCUUCAGCACACCCUGAGAAGCUUGUGCAUUCAUGAAAAUUCUCAAUGGGUUUAUGCAGUCUUUUGGAGGAUCUUGCCUAGAAACUAUCCACCACCUAAGUGGGAUAGUCAAGGAGGACCUUAUGAUAGGUCAAGAGGGAACAGGAGGAACUGGAUAUUGGUUUGGGAAGAUGGUUUCUGCAAUUUUGCUGCCUCGACAGCUGAGAUCGACACCGGUGAUUGUCCAGGCUCAUCUGUCUAUGGAAACCGUGAAUAUCAACACUAUCAGGGACUCCAACCAGAGCUUUUCUUCAAGAUGUCUCAUGAAAUCUACAACUAUGGUGAAGGUUUAAUUGGGAAAGUAGCUGCAGAUCAUAGUCAUAAGUGGAUAUACAAGGAACCAAAUGACCAUCAAGAAAUCAACUUCUUGUCUGCAUGGCACAACUCAGCUGAUUCACAUCCUAGGACUUGGGAGGCCCAAUUUCAGUCUGGUAUUAAGACCAUAGCCUUAAUUGCAGUAAGAGAAGGUGUUGUUCAGUUAGGAGCGGUUCAUAAGGUGGUUGAGGAUUUGAGCUAUAUUGUGCUACUAAGAAAGAAGUUCAGCUACAUAGAGAGCAUCCCAGGAGUGCUAUUGCCACAUCCAUCAUCAUCAGCUGCAGCAGCAGCAGCAUCAUCAUACCCCUUCAAGAUGGACAGCUAUGGCGCGCCGGAAGCGUGGCACUUCCAAGGCAAUCCUCCACCAGAAUUAUAUGACAGGUUCAAUCACUCCAUGAGAAUAACACCCUCCAUGAGCAGCCUCGAAGCCCUACUCUCCAAGCUUCCCUCAGUCGUGCCACCGGAGCCAUCACAUCCCUCGUCGUCGGCCUACUUUGAGGCGCCCAAUAGGGCUAUGGAAGUGAUGGGGGGGAUGGAGAAGGUGGUGGCCAAGGAGGAAAUGGAUGGGGGUGAGAGUAGUAGCUCAAUGUCUUCCUAUCAUCAACAGUAUCAACAUUUUAACCAUGAUCUGAAUUUGAGUAACUGCAGCAGACCAAAUAAUGGAUUUUGAGUGAGUGGUUAUUAUUAUAGAUGUCAGUAGAUUAUAUAUAUAGGAAUUGAAUCAUGGAUUGAGGUCUAACAUUGUAGCUUUUUUAAUAGCUAGUUUCAUUGUAGUGGCUGCUUUUGGCUUUCCUUGCCCUGUAAGCUCUCUUGAGUCUACUUUUAGUACAUUUAAUAUGAAACUACUAUUUUUGCUCUUUAAA